AUGGACAACCUCACUCCUUCCGACCUCUUCUCGCCUUCGAAAGCGCGACAACAACGCGCCCAGGCCCAGGAUUGGGCACAUAUUGACUCUUGGCUCUCGUAUAAAUACUCAGGUCGCACAGUACCGACGUUUGAACGCAACGAGGAAACCCUCAAGGCACUCCGCGAGCUUUCCAUGGCGAACGAGCGGGCCGACGAGGAACGAAUACUACUAGAUCGCGUAGAGCGGGAGGCAUUGAAGGAGUUGGACGAGAUAAAGCCAGCUCUACGUACAGCUCCCCCGCUCACAACAAACAUCCAGAUCAAAACUCACAAAGACGACCAACGCAUCCUUUCCACCCUCCAAUCCAACCUCACACCAGAAGGCUCCGCCGCACUCCACGCCCUCGCCUCCACAGCCGUAUCCCUCAACACCCCGACCGCGAAUCCCUCCACCCUAGCCCACGCCCUCAUCCAACACACCACUACCUCGCAAACCCUCUCCAACCAACUCGCCCACAUCCACACCCUCCAAGCCUACCUCUCCAAACAACACACCCUGCUCCGCGCCCAACUCAACGAAUUCGCCAUGAACCCCGCCUUUGCCACACCACCCUCCCUCCAACGCCAAACCGCCGAUCAAACGCGCCAAACAAAACACCUCAAGACCAAGAUUCGCGAGCACGAGGAUAAACUUGCUGCGCUGCAGGCGAGUCAGAACCGCAACAUGACGCCCGGCUCAAAGUACAUUGGCUCUGCCGAGGCGAUUGUCGAGAUGCUGGAGCAGCAAAAGGCCUUGGAUGAGAUUAGGGCCAGGGUCGAGGGCCUCGAGAGCGAGGUCGCCCAGUUUGCGGGGUUGCCGGCCGAGAGGGAGGCGGCGAGGAAGGAGGUUGCAAAGUUGGAGGUGAGGUUGGAUGAGGUGAGGAGGAAGAGGGAUGAGUUGUUUGAGGGCUUGGUUGGGCGGUAA